GAUAUGGCGUCACUGAAAAGUGUAGGAGUCGAGAAACUUCACCCAUGUAAAUAACGUCAAGAAGAAAGCUGAGGGAGAAGCUCUGGGCACCAGUAUACAGUUUAUAGCUAUACAUACCAACAGUCUUAUUUUUUUAAUAUGCCUCGGAAAAAGCCAUUCAGCAAUAAACAGAAGAAGAAACAGCUACAAGUCAAACGGGAGAGAAAAAGAGGUGACACUGGUUCUGGGCCGAGUAGCCGCAAUGCCAGCAUUGAACGAGGAGAGCGUCAGUCAGAUACCUCAGAUAGUGAGACCACUGAUGUAAGAAGAAUAAAUCAGCAGCCAUUCAGCAGAGAAGGUAGAUAUGACCCCAACAGAUUUCGUCUGCACUUUGAGAAAGAGAGUAAAGAGGAGGUGGAGAAGAGGAAGAAAGCGGCCAGGGAGAAGGUGCUGCAGCCAGUCUCAGAUAAAGAACUUGAGGUCGACAUUAAUGACAUCUACCCGUCAGAGAAAGGUCUUGGUUUCCCCCGACGGCCAUCCUGGAAUUAUGAGAUGACACGAGAGAACCUGCUGAGGAAAGAGGAGAAGUCCUACAGAGAUUACCUUGAUGACCUGCACUCUAGAAACCCACCUGGCUCACUCAGCCACUUUGAGCACAACCUGGAGACAUGGCGGCAACUAUGGAGAGUGUUGGAGAUGUCAGAUGUGAUCCUGCUCAUUGUUGACAUCAGGCACCCGGUCCUGCAGUUCCCUCCGUCCCUGUACCACUACAUCACAGGAGAUCUACAGAAACAGGUGAUCCUGGUGUUGAACAAAGCUGACCUCUGUCCUCCCCCACUGGUGAUUGCCUGGAAACACUACAUGACCUCCCAGUUCCCUCACCUGCAAAUAGUAUGCUUCACUUCCCACCCUGGACAGCCUUACAGCACAGUGCUCCAGAAGAAGAGGAUGAGGAGGAAGGCUGAUUGGGGUCACGCUGGAGGCACUACAGAUAUUCUGAAGGCCUGUCAGGAAAUCACAUCAGGAAGAGUUGACCUGUCUAGUUGGGAGCAGAAGAUUCAGAGAGACGCUGCAGCCGAGCGACUGGAUGGAGAGCACCAAGACGAAGGGGCGGAAUCGGUGCUGAUGGAGCAUCAAAGUGAUAGUGCUAUGGAGAUGAGCAGUCCAUCACAGGAGCUCUACAAAGAUGGGGUUCUUACAUUGGGUUGCAUAGGCUUUCCCAACGUUGGUAAGUCAUCCGUGAUCAACAGCCUGGUGGGGAAGAAGGUGGUGAGUGUGUCCCGAACCCCAGGCCACACCAAAUACUUCCAGACCUACUACCUCACCCCAACAGUCAAACUGUGCGACUGCCCUGGACUGGUCUUCCCCUCCCUUGUCAAUAAACAGUUACAGAUUCUGGCAGGCAUCUACCCAGUGGCUCAGCUGCAAGAACCAUACAGCUCAGUUGGUUAUCUGUGUGAGAGGACCCCCUUCCUUUCUGUACUGAAACUCAAGCACCCAAGUUUGCAAGAUAUCAGUCCCCACCAAAGAAACCAGUCGACUGAAGAGCACAGCUGGACGGCUUGGGAUGUGUGUGAGGCUUGGGCUGAAAGAAGAGGCUAUAAGACGGCAAAAGCAGCUCGCAACGAUGUUUACCGCGCUGCCAAUAGUCUCCUUAGGUUGGCAAUUGAUGGCAGAUUGUGCCUCUGCCUCAGACCACAUGGCUACAGCUGCCUGAGAGAACAUUGGGAAAAUCACCCAGACCUGCCGGAGAUUAUGGCUCUUCAAGGAAGAUCGACAGAGGAGGAAGGAACAGGAGAGCGGGAUGACGACGAUGACGGAGAGUCCAGCACCGAGCCAGAAGAAGAGAGAGACCGUGAUGCAGACGAUGAUGAGGACGGAGAUGGGGAUGAUGAAGACGAAGGAUUUGGACAACCAAGGCAGAGGGAUGAUAAAGAAUCUGGUUUGACUGUCAACAUGUACAAUGUCCUUCGGGAAAAUGAAUGCGAAUGAGGGAGAGGUAGGCAGGAAGUCAUGCAUUGCUCCUUUCCCUUGACUUUCCCCUUGUCUGCCUCACUGCACUUUUCAUUCCUCCUUUUUCCUGCAUUCCUUUUUUUUUUCUUUCAUCUCCACUCCUCAUGUCAUUACCUUCUCUGUAUGAAUAUGAUCUAUUCUAAUUCAUUCUCCCUGUUUUCCUGCCUCCUAUAAUAUACAGAGCAUAUCCAUGUAUUCCAUGCUGUGCCUCUGCUCUGCUAGUUCAUCCACAAAGCUCAUUCUUUAGUGUUGCUUUUAGAAAUGGGUUUGGUUUGGUUUGAUUUGAGUUGAACAUUAUAUUUCGCAUGUAGUUCUCGGGAGACAAAGGAACAAACGAACUUCCCUCAGCCUGGAAUAAUCCACCGACUGGUUUGGAAUCAUUUUAUCAAUGAGUGACCUCACAGCUGGGAUGCCAAAGUUCAGGAGAGGAUGAUGGAAACAAAUUAGAUGCACUGUUGAUGUGAUGUCAUUCACUGGAGCAGCCUUUUGGCUCUCAAAGCAGCUGGAGAUUUAAGAACACAACUCUAAAUCUUCCUCGUAGACAUAGCAUGUCUCAACUGGUUAGUGGGUGUGGGAUUAGAUAUGGGAGAAGCCAGACCAUAAAACUAGAACCAAUAAAACAAAUAUUUCACAGAGGUUUGGAGUUACUAGUAUUACGAGUGCGGUAGAGGAUCAUUUAUCUGAACUCGGUUUCAGACUCUACUGUGUCUCAGAGUGGUAUUUUAUUCUAUCAAAACUCGGAUGUUGUUUUUGGGACAGGGGCAAGGCAGCGUGUUUUGAAUCCUGUAUUGCUGGAUGAGGAUGUUUCAGGAAUUAAACCUGUAGUGUUUUAACUACUACGACAGUUUUCCUCAGCUGUUGAUGAGGAUUUUCAGUAUUUAGUGCAGAAUUUGGCAAGACGCAUUCAGCAUGUCUGCGAAUAGCUGCACAGUGGGUCUGACUGACUCUGCUUAGCAAUCGAUUGAAGGGAUUGUUUUUGAAAAUAUUCUAAUUUGCUUUCUUGCUGAAAAGGUUAAUACCACUGAAUUUGCAGUGGAAUUAGUGGAAUUUAAUAACUUGGAAACCGUUAGCUUUCAGUUCAUUCGCGCAGUGUUGAUGUCACCGUGAGUUUGUGAGGUUACCAGCCGAGGGUUAAAGAUCCAGUGUGCAUCUGUUGGUGAAGUUGCAGAUUGCAAAUAACUGAAUACUUUUUCUUGACCCCUGCCUUUCCAAGUGUGGAGGAGAACCUAAGCUAAGCAACUACUACACACUUCCUGGAGCCUGUUCUGGUCGUCCAUUCUUGGCUACUUUCAAAGGGGACCUGCUCCACACUAAUGAAAACAUAAUUAUCAAUACUGUGUUCCAUUUCUGCUAAUAAAGCCUGCUACAUAAAAUAAAGCUGCACACUGGUCCUUUAAUUAAGUACCUCUUCCCCGUCAAGAACCCUGUUAUCAAGAACCUGUUGUUCUUACACUGCUGCAUUUAGUAUAUAACUAAGACAAAUGAUAUGUAACAUGAUCUUACAUAUCGAAGCAAAGUGAAUCAGAUGUUGGCUGUAGCUUUCCUGUUUAGACACGCCCAUCGAGAAAGUGAAUAAGGACAUUUACCAAAAUGCCAACUAUUCCUUUAAGCACACGGACAGAGAAACUGGACACUGCACUAUUUCCUACAUCUCUCCUCUAGUGAUAAUCGAACGGACAUUUCUUACGUGACCAGUCUCUCGCUUUUUUCCCUGUGUUGUGUGAUGGCCCCACUACAAUCCUGAGUGCUGUAUCAUUUUGUGCUGUUGUACCUCAUUCACGUCUUCACUGAGGGGGACUCUACGGCACGGUGCUGUGUUACUGUGUAAUACAUCACGCUGCAGCCACAUACGGUCAUUUCUACCAGUGGUACAAUCAAGGCAGAUGCUAAACACUACCAUGCUGUUAGAAACACAACAGAGUUAAGGUUGUGUUGAUGUUGAUUUAUUUUUUUUCUUCUUCCUGGAAUUAUUAAAACUGGCAGCGUCUGGAUAGAGUAGUGUGAGUUUAAAGGCUCAAGGUGUGUUCAGGCUAUUUGCUGCGUUCCUCAUUUCAUUCCCAGUAUGCCUAAUGAUGACUGGACUGCUUUCUGCAAUAAAAGGAGAUAAUCCUCUGAA